AUGAUAUGCAAAGUUCAGAAAUUGAAAUCUGAAAUGGAUAUAGUUCUUCAUGAGGAAAGCUGUAAAGCUAUUUCGUGUUUGAUCGCUAAACUACAUAAACAAAAAAGAAUCACUUUACAGAAAUUCGAACAAAAAUAUGAGGUAUCACCAAAAAGACCGGUUCAAUUUCUCUUGAUUUUUAAGAGAGCACCUACACCCCCGAAAAGAAUUUUUGUUCCUACCUUGACAUCAUACCCGAGUGACAAAAUCAAUUUAGAAGAUGUGGUUAGGUUAGUUGGAGACAUUCAAGUAAAUAAGACUAAAAGAAAGAUAGUGGCGAAAAAUGAACAACUGAGGGAAAUUGUGUCCACAUUUGGAAGCAAGCAGUACAUUACAGUAACGGGUGUCAAUAAAUGUAAUCACAUUUCUAGAGCAACGUCACACCUCAUCUGGGUCAGUGAUAAAGAAAAUCUCAUUCUGACAAAUCAAACAGGUAGAGCAAUCUAUGGUCUCACAGAAAUAAAUAGUGUUUGGGGUGUGCACUCGGUGAAUAUUACCGGUGAGCUCAUAUAUAUAGACAAGGAUUAUACCAUUAAGAAGCUGUGUACGGACAAUAAAACAAAAAUUAGACUGAUAUCGAAAACAGAACCAUGGGAUCCAAUCUGCGUAUGGUGUUCCCGCUUCAAUGGGGAUAUUCUGGUUGGAAUGGGGAAAUAUGACAAGGAUGCUGAUAAGUACAUCGAGGCCAAGGUCACACGGUACAAUAGCGAUGGACAGUUAGUCCAGACCAUCAAACAAAGUAAAACAGGGGAGGACUUAUAUGCCUUUCCGAUGUACAUAACAGAAAACCAAAAUGGCGAUGUCAUUGUUUCUGACUAUUACCUUGGUGUAGUAGUUACAGACAGUCGAGGAAGAUAUCGCUUCACAUACAGAGGACUUCCAUCCUGGAGACAAUUUAUACCACGUGGUAUCUGUACGGACGUGAAUUCGAAUAUUCUAGUUUCUGAUGCCGGCCUUGACAUAGUUCAUAAGAUUGACAAGGACGGCCAAAUCCUUUCACUGCCAGAUAAACACUCACACCAAAGAGGAAUUAAAGAGUUACGGAGCCUGAGUUAUGAUGAUAAAACCCAAAUUCUCUUGAUCGGAUCAUACAGCAAAAACAGUAUAUAUGCUUGCAUGUUCCUAAGGUAG